GAGACAAACAAGAAACAAAAAGGCGAAAAAUAGUGUUUACAGCCUCUGCAACGACUACUACUACAUGCUCCAAUGAAAACCGCUACGAAUAACACUUUUUCUCUUUAUUAUGAGGUUGUUUUCAAACUUGCCGAUCAUUGACCCGGUUUAUUCGAUUAUCGAUACUGAUAAUCAUGUGGAUGGACAGCGAUAGCCACAAGUUACUUUCAUACGGAGGUUCAAUCGUGGUUCUUCUCUUAAAGCAGCAACACUCUUAUAGUCGCUGAAAGUUUUUCUAAAAAUCGCAAAGAAAAUGCAAUCGCAGUUCGUCGCACUGGUGACGGUGCUUUUAUCGUUUUGCCUUGUGUCGGGAACCGAACGGCACGGUCAAGAUCCGUUCAACGAUGAAUUUCUGCGCCGAGUACUUGCACGAGCGCGCAGCUGGAAACCAGACACAAACUUUCAAUCAAACGUCCACUUCCACACUUUCCGAUCGCUGAAAGGCAUCGGAGAUAGUAGAACCGGAUUCAAGGUACCGAUCAGACGGUAUGAAUAUGUGUACGACAUCGACAUUCCCGAGUCGUUUGAUGCGCGUAGUUACUGGCCAAACUGUGAUUCGCUGCGUGAGAUUCGCAACCAGGGUACGUGUGGUUCCUGUUGGGCCGUCGCUGCUGCCAGUGUUAUGUCCGACCGAGUCUGCAUCCAUUCGAACGGUACGAGUAAUGUAGCGCUAGCCGCCGAAGAUCUUAUGGGCUGCUGUGCUGAUUGUGGCAAUGGGUGCAACGGUGGCUUCUUGGACGGAACCAGCUUUCAGUACUGGGUGGACGCAGGGCUAGUGAGCGGUGGGGCGUACAACUCAACCGAGGGCUGUAAACCAUACCCAUUCAAACCGUGCGAAUAUCCUUUCCAUGAAUGUCACGUGGAAACUUCGCCCAAGUGUACGCACCACUGCCGAGAUGGAGCUGAUCGACACUAUUCGAAGGAUAAAUUCUUCGGUAAAGUGGCAUACAGUGUGACAAGGGACGAACGUGUCAUACGGUACGAAAUAAUGACUAACGGACCUGUGGAGGCCGGUUUCGACGUAUACGAAGAUGUGCUGCUGUACAAAUCCGGAGUUUAUCGACACGUGUACGGUGAGAAGAUCGGCAAACAUGCGGUGCGCAUCAUCGGAUGGGGCAAAGAAGGUGGACUUCCCUACUGGCUGAUCGCAAACUCGUACGGCGAAGAUUGGGGAGAUCACGGAUAUUUCAAGUUUGUGCGAGGAUCCAAUCACUUAGGCAUCGAGUCGAAGAUCAUAACUGGUCUGCCGAAAAUAUGAAUCAUUGCGAACAUCAAUCGUAAUUUCAUCAAUCCUUCAAUCCACAGAAACAUUAUAUGCAUGCAAUAAAAAUUCUUUCAUGCUAAA